AUAAUCUUAAUGAAAAGCGUCGAUUGCAUCGUCAUGACAUAUCACGAAUAUUUUCAUAAAUAAACGGAACUUUCAACUGAUUUGUAUUUGAAUUUACAAAUCAAAUUCGCCCCAGCAUAGCCCUGCAUUCUUUCCGUGUCACACGAUAUGACCGAUGCGAAUACGCAGUGUAUCAUUUUUGACAGUCAGCUGUUGUUUACACCGGUUCUUCUGACAUGUAUAUGGGAAGAAACAUCAAAAAAGAAAACAUCAAAACAGUCUACGCAAUAUUGUGCACUUUUUUCUACCGAUACGACAAGAAGUAUCAUUGCGAGGAAGCAAUCGGUAGCUUUCGAGCUACGCCGGAAGUGAUUUUGUGGACGCUGUGAGCAUGUUUAAGUUGUUACUGUCCCCACAUCGACAAAGCUGCUGGCAGGGAUUGUUACGAUCUUCCCCAUACAGUGUGGAUAGUAAGCAUGUACUGGUACGAAAAGCGAUUCAAUCGUUCGGUACCGGACGGUCCGGAUUACUGCAACCUUUUCGCAACACUACCCAGCGUGCCGUGCGCCAUUCGCAUACGGUUACAAAAACGGGCAGCCAAGUUGGUGGUCGACUGAUAAAAGUGCUGCUUGGUGGAACUGCAAUAAGUUUCACACUUGGCUAUCAGUACCGAAAGCUGUUUGUGCACUGUGAAGCGUCCGUAAAUCGGUUGGCCGGUCAGCGAAGUGUGCUGGACGAUGGGACGGUGCGGUUCGAUUGGUGGAAAUUUUGGCGCUACCUGAAGCAUCAUUUAGGAAAGCUGAUUGGUGCAGUUUUGGCUGCUCUCGCCGUAGCGUAUUUCAACAUUCAAAUACCAAAUCUGCUUGGUGUGAUCGUAAACAAGCUUGCCCGUUACGCUGGAAGUAGCCUGAAGGAUAUUAACACUGCAAGCUUCUUUCGCGACAUGCGAGGUCCAGCACUGCAGCUGUUUGCGAUGUAUUUGGCCCAGUCUGGGUUCACCUUCCUGUACAUUCUACUGCUCAGCCAGAUCGGUGAACAGAUGGCAGCCACCAUACGGCAGGAUUUGUUCAAGCAAAUCAUCAUACAGGAUCUGGAAUUUUUCGACCACAACCGUACGGGCGAACUGGUAAACCGCCUGACGGCGGAUGUACAAGAUUUUAAAUCCAGCUUUAAGCAGUGCAUUUCGCAAGGAUUGAGAAGCUUUGCCCAGCUCGUCGGUGGAGGCAUUUCGCUGUUCUGGAUUUCGCCCCAGUUGGCCAGCAUUGCGCUCGUAUCGGUUCCAUUAGCGGUCGGAAUGUUUUCCCUGCUCGGCCGUUCAUUGCGCCAUCUAAGCAAAAAGUCCCAGGCCCAGUCAGAACGGGCUACCUCGGUGAGUGAGGAAGCGCUGUCGAACAUACGGACAGUGCGAGCCAGUGCUAGCGAGUACAGCGAGGUGGAACUGUUCCGUGCCGAGACGGAAAAGUCGGCCGUGAUCUCUCAGCAGCUUGGAGCGGGAAUUGCCGUAUUUCAGGCGCUAAGCAACCUGUGCCUUAACGGAAUGGUACUGACCACGCUGCUUCUCGGUGGUCACUUUAUGUCGGCAAAUUCCAUCAGUGCCGGUGAUUUGAUGGCCUUCCUGGUGGCGGCCCAAGGUGUGCAGCGUUCACUCGCCCAAGGUUCCAUUCUGCUCGGUUCGGUAAUUCGUGGCAUGACGGCCGGUGCUCGUGUGUUUGAGUUUCUUAGCCUAGAACCAAGGGUGGACUUGAAGCAUGGGUUAAUCAUCCCGGAGAGCAAUUUGCAAGGAGAAAUACGUUUCGAAGCAGUACAGUUCGUGUAUCCGACUCGACCCAACCAGCGGGUGCUGAAGGAUUUCAAUCUUGUGCUUCGUCCCGGUCAAACGGUGGCACUGGUCGGAGCUAGUGGCAGUGGAAAAUCUACCGUCGCCGCACUGCUGGAACGUUUCUACGAACCGACGGCGGGUCGCAUUACGAUAGAUGGUUACGAGUUGGGCCACCUUUCACCCAGCUGGCUACGGGGCGAGCUUAUCGGCUUUAUCGAACAGCAGCCCGUACUGUUCGGCACAACCAUUUACGAAAACAUUCGCUACGGUCGACCGAAUGCUACCCGGGAAGAGGUGAUGGAAGCUGCAAAAAUGUCCCAAUCGCACGAGUUCGUUAGCCGGUUGCCGGACGGGUACGAUACGAUGGUGGGUGAGCGUGGAAUUCAACUGAGCGGUGGCCAGCGGCAAAGGAUUGCAAUAGCGCGAGCGUUACUAAAGCAACCGACGAUUCUUAUUCUGGAUGAAGCGACCAGCGCACUCGAUGCGGCUAGUGAAGCGGUCGUACAGAGUGCGCUCGAUGCGGCCGUACUCGAUCGAACGACGCUGAUCAUUGCACACCGGUUGUCAACGAUUCGUAAUGCGGACGUGAUCGUGGUGCUGGACCAGGGCCAGAUUGUUGAGGUGGGCACACAUGACAGUUUGAUAAGGGCGCAGGGUUACUAUUACGAGCUGGUGAAGCAACAGGAACGACAACAGCGACAAGAGCAAGAUUCGCGGUCAUAUGGAUAAAGUAGAGAAAUCCUUUGGGAAGAAUCGUGUCUGUUACGUUGGUUUAGGGAUUUAGUUGUUACGAAGAAAUUCAUCAAGCUAGGGGCUUAGAAAAUUGGUCUGCAAAGCUACACAAAAAAGACAAUUAAUGAAAAUAAAGCAAUUUAGGGGCUAUUUAUUCAGUGGAAAAAUAA